AUGAAGCUGACGUUCAUGGUGGUGCUCAUGGCUCUCAUGGGCUCCAUCAUCUACAGCACCGGCUUUCUACGCCUCUCCUUCAGGCGGCUGCCUACCUGCGGUGGCAUGUUCCUUUACCGGUACGACCUUACCCGGAUCGUGCGUUUUGUGCUCAACUUCGUCUUCUUCCAGUUCGUUCCUCUCCUCUCCUCAGCCUUUUCACAGAGCGAAAACCGGAGCAAAACCGAGCUCCUCCUGAUACUCCUGUGGAUGCUCCUCGCCGAGAUCAUCCGCAAGAAGGUGCAGGGGAUGCUGCUGCCAACCGAUGGCUCCUCCUUCAAUAGGGGGAUCGGACGGUUCACGCUCAUGGAUUACGCCUACGACACACUACUCGUGCUAAGCGCUGUGAACAGGUGGUUCGCCAGCUACUCCUUCCACACGGCGAGGAACCCUCUUGUUAUUGCAGGCUACAUGACGAAAGUCAUGGACAAGUACAACCGCGACGGCGAUGGCCGGAGCGCCGUGCCGGCCAACGACAUGUCCAACUGCAAAUUCGUGGUGAUGGGAAGGCGCGUCGUCGUCGCCGGCGGUGGCCACCAACACCAAGCCACCUACUGCAACGAAAACGAGCAGAAGCAUUUACAUCUCUGUAUCGCCGAACCCGAUGACUACUCCAACAGCGACUCCAACAAGGAAUGGCCCUUGGUCACUGUGAAAACAAUAUGGGAGAUGCGCGAAAAACACAAGAACAUCUUCCAUGGCAAGAUAGGGGAUUUCCUUGAGGACUUAUGCCUAUCUUUCUCUCUUUUCAAGAUGCUCCGGCGCCAGUUCGAGCACUACCCGAUGGUGGAGGUCGGCUCCGACAUGGCUCGCGCCAUGAUGCUCGACGGCCUCCUCAAACUCAACUUCUCUAGCCCAGGCAGCAACUCAUCCCAUGAUCAACUCCAAAGGCCUUUCCAAGUGCUUCUAAUGGAGCUUGAGCUCCUCAAGAACUACUACCAGCAAGCGGCUGCCCCUGUGGUGAUGUCCCAACCUAUCCUUUUCUGCACCAACUUCUUGUCCUCCAUUAUCUUCUUGUAUUUUUUCAUCGAUGCCGUAGUUGACAUACUAAUCGUCAACAAGGAUGCAGCACCAUUAUAUUGCCGAAUCAUGGGCUGGGGAAGAACCCCUGUGAAUUCCCCGUCCCUCAUCCUCUCCUUGACCAUGUUGCUUGUGCUCACGGUCAUUCUCAUCGAGGCUCAUGACUUCCUGACCUCGUUUGUGUUCUCCGAUUGGAACAUAGUCCGCAUGCUGUGCUCCUACGACCGGCCCAGUAGACGGUGGCUACAGAAAAUCUAUUCCGUGGUCAUCUACAUACGCUCUUGUUUACUUUCUUCAUCCAAAAACAAGAUGACAAUCUGCCAGGUAUCCAUUCUUGACGCCUGUGGUCCAAUCGACAAGCAUUUUGCAAGGACUUCCCAGGUUACCCUGCCGGCGAGUGCCACUGCGCAGAUCAUCCAAGCCUUGUGUUCAUGUCACAUUAUCAAUCGCAGCACUGGAGCCAUCAACCUUCCAUCAGGCAUCGAUUCCAACCAGAUGACCACCACCGAGGCCAUCCUGGCGUGGCACCUGGCGACGGAGCUGCUCGAGACGACGACGACGAUGGACAAGCAGAAGAAAGAAUGCCAGAUCGCGUCGGUGCUGUCCAAGUAGUGCAUGCAUCUGGUGGUGCAACUCCCCGAGCUACUGCCCGACGAAGAGACGUGGGUGUCCAGCUGCUACGAGAAAACGAGGAGCUGCCUGGAUCAUGCGUCCAGGCGGUGCGGCUGCCGCGCGUGCCCGCCGAGCCGCCGGUGCAGGAAGAAGAAGAUCGCCAAGACCGCCAUAUCAGGCGACCAGUGGGAGAAUUCGUUCCAAGACCCGACGGUGCGGAGAGGUGUAAAGCUGUUCCACUGGCUCAGGGAGAAGCCCGCCGACGAGGCGUGGGACGAGCUGGCGCGCCUCUGGGUGCACCUCGUCAUCUACCUCGCGCCGUCCAACGACGUGCAGGGCCAUGCCAAGGCGUUGGCCUCAUGGGGCGCCGACCUCAUCACCUGCCUCUGGGCACUGUGCACGCACGCCGGGAUCACGCGCCAGCCGCCUCCCGAGCAACAUGAUGUACUAGUGCACGACGAGCAGCAGAUCGACGUCGUCGUCGCCCAUCGCCAGCCGACACUCAACCACGACGAUGACAACUCCAUCAAUGUAUAAGAAGAAGUUAAUUAUUAUCGUAUAUAUAUACUGUUGCUGCAUGCAUUCAGCAUCGGUAUUAUUAAUUCUGAGCAAUAAGGCCAAGAGUGCCAUGUAGAAAAUACUUGUCCUGCAUCCCACUAAU